UAUAAAUACUAAAAUUCGACAAAAAAUUCAAUCAUAUGAUAAAUAAACCCCUUUUUUACAAUAUGUAUAAAUAUAAAAAUAGAUAAAAAGAAAAAUGUAUUGAAUACUAGCCAGCACGAAGUGGGUACCACAAUUUAUUGAUACGGCACUUUACUUCUAUGUUGUGAUAAAUCCUAACCUAUACUCCUUGUUAUUUAUCGAUUUGACACGGGUCAAAAUAGUACGUUAAGACUCGUCAAACUGUUCAAAGAAAAUAUAACAUAGAAGCACAUAUAGAAAUAUGGUAAAUUGUGAAGUAAAUCAGAUAUUUCUUGGCGAAGUCGCUGCCGUUCAAAAUUACGGUGCCUUCGUCAGAAUACCUGGAUGUUCGCAACAAGGAUUGAUACAUAGAUCACAGGUUAGUUCGGCCCACGUCGACGAUGUUACAGAAGUUUUACAAAAAGGAGAAAGAGUAUGGUGUAAAGUUAUCUCAGUGAACGACGAUGGAAAAAUUGGAUUAUCCAUGAAAUAUGUUAAUCAAGGAAAUGGUACUGACUUGGAUCCUAAUGGAAUCGAAUUGCAAAGAGAUAUACAAAAGAAAAAAACCUAUGUUCCACAACAACGAAAAACUAUUCAAUUAGAAGCUGUUUUUAACACAACAUGUACAAAGUGUGGGACGCAUGGACAUUUGGCCAAAGAUUGUUUUGUGCCACCUAAUGGAAAGAAAUAUGAGUUAAUACCAGAAGUAGAAGAUGUAUCUUCUACUCCAAAGACACAGGAUGAGCAAAAAGAUAAGAAAAUAGAAAAAACAGAAAAAGCAGAAAAGAUAGAGAAGAAACAUAAAACAAAAAAGUCAAAGAAAAGAAAGAAAUCAAAGAAAAGUAAACAGCAUACUGAUGAUAGUAGCUCUGAUAAUGAACAAACAACAAAGAAAAGUAAGAAGAAGAGAUCCAAAGAUCAUAAGCAAAAGAAAAAAAAGCGUAACAGCAGUACCAGUGAUACAGAUUCUAGUGAUAGUUCUAGUCAGGAUGUUAAAAGUUAUAAACGAAAGCACUUGGAAAGAACUGAAGUUCGAGCAAAAAAGUGCAAACACUCAAAGGAAAAGCAUACGAAUUAAAUCUGUCUUAUUUGAAAGCUUAUUACAUUAAGAUUUUUGUAGUAUAUAGAUGUGAUAGUUAUUGUCAUUAUUAUUACAAAGAUCAUGAAACUAUAAAUAUUACAAUAAAGAUGUACAAUAAUAUUAUAA